AUGGGGGCAGCGGACAAGUGGCUGCUGCCGCUGGUGUCCGUCUCCUUCGUCUCGCUCAUGCUCUUCCUCUCCGCGCUCUCGGGCUACUCGGCCUCCUCCGCGCUCUUCGCGCGCCUCCCGCCGCCCAGCUACGUGCGGCGCGGGGCCGCCGCGCCGCCCGCCUUCGCGUACCUGCUCUCGGGCGGCCGCGGGGACGGCCGCAGGCUCCUGCGCCUGCUCCUCGCCGUCUACCACCCCCGGAACCAGUACCUGCUCCACCUCUCCGCGGACGCGCCCGAGGCCGAGCGCCUCGAGCUCGCCGCCGCCGUCGCGCGGGCCGCGCCCGCAAUCGCCGCCUUCGGGAACGUCGACGUCGUCGGCCGCCCCGCCGCCGGCACCCCCAUGGGCUCCUCCGGCCUCGCCGCCACGCUCCGCGCCGCCGCCGCCUUGCUCCGGCUCGACGCCGAGUGGGACUGGUUCGUCACGCUCAGCGCCGCCGAUUACCCGCUCCUCACCCAGGACGACCUGAUUCAUGUCUUCUCGUCUGUGCCAAGGCACCUCAACUUCAUCGAUCACACUAGUGAUAUUGGUUGGAAAGAGUCUCAGAGAGUGCAACCAGUGAUAGUAGAUGCUGGGAUAUACCUGGCUGGCAGGAAUCAGUUCUUCCAAUCCACAGAGAAACGGGCAACUCCAGAUGGUUUCAAAUUCUUCACAGGUUCUCCUUGGGUCAUUCUAAACCGGCGGUUUAUAGAGUACUGCAUUUUCGGAUGGGAGAACCUCCCUCGAACCCUUCUCAUGUACUUCACCAACGUGAUGCUGCCUUUGGAAGGUUAUUUCCACUCGGUCGCGUGCAACUCGGACUUCCGCAACUUCACGGUGAACAACGACUUGCGGUACGUGGCCUGGGACGACCCGCCUCAGAUGGAGCCCCGGUUUCUGAACAUCACACAUUAUGAGGAGAUUGUGGAGAGCGGGGUGCCCUUUGCUAGGAAGUUCCGGGAGAAAGAGUAUCUGCUGGACAAGAUUGAUGAGAAAAUACUCCAGCGGUGGCGCCACAGACCUGUUCCUGGAGCGUGGUGCACAGGCAGAAAGAGAUGGUUCAGCGAUCCAUGCUCCCAGUGGAGCAACGUCAACAUUGUAAGACCCGGGCCCCAAGCCGAGAAGUUCCGCAGAUACAUGGACCGGAUCCUGGAAGAAUCGAAGUCGAGCAACAGCUCAUGCGCGCAAUAG